UUUUUGAUAUUUGCUGAGUAUAUCAUAGAGAUCCCUCAAUAUAUUUGAUUACGUACAUGUACAUUUAUGAUUACUUGCUGCAUGAUGUUUUCAUUUUCUCAGCCACGUCCUGCACUCAGACACUCCAGCGAACCCGCCAUAUCGCCCGCGUCACAGCCCUCAGUUAAUGGACCUCCACACAGAAGAGCAGGCACAGUGCAUCAGAAGACUGGCAGCACCUCUUCAUCCUCAACGCCAUCUAUCUCCAGCACUGAGAGUGGCAUUGAUGUGGCGCCACCUAUUCCCAAGAGGCACCAGUCACCAAGUAUAGAUAGCGGAAGUAGCAGCAGGAAAAUGGACUCCAGCUCCUCAGGGGAUGGGGAUAUGGUUUGUCCUGCCAUUCCAGCCAAAGUUCACAAAACACCAGACUCGUCUUCCCCUAAGACCCCAGGCAGCAGGCCUCCCCCGAUAUCCCUGAGGAGUAAAUCCCAACCGUCUAUAGAUACAGGGGCACCUGCUCUACCCCCCAGGGACAGUCCCAGGACUAAAACCAGGCAGGUCACUCCCCCACCCCCUGCCUUACCCCCCAGGGAUGGACACCAUACCCCACACAAAGAAGGGGGAGAGAGUACCUUCCCCAGGUACGAGCACCCUAAAUUGCACCCCACGUUGACCAAUCCUAAAACAUCGCCAGAAGGUCAGGGGUCAACGGUCCCACCUCUACCUCCCAAACCAGCCAGUUCGCUGAGGUCGCCGCCAGCAGUGAAGACUGCAGCGCCACCUGCAGAGUCGGGGGAUGACAGAGGUGCACCGUCCCCAUCUGACACCACGACUUCCCAGGGUUCCAUAGCACCACCACCAUCAACGCCCCCUAGGAGUGUGCAGGGACAUGGUAGUGUUCGCCCUAGGCCUGCGCCAAGACAGAAGUCAGUUGAUCAGUCGCCUUCUUGAUGAUUGUAAUAUAAAAAAUUUUUUUAAAGAAUUGAAGAAGUGAAAUUUGCCUGGCAACUUGUUAUUACAUAUAAAGUUCUAGAUUUUUGUACUUAAGCUGAACUCUUGUCAAAUUAAUGAGUCAGUUUUUCCCGAUAACACAAGCCAUCAUUGUAGCACUCGGCGCUUGUUGACUCAACCGUGGCGAGUCAUUGCACGUGCCACAAAAAUUAUGUUUGUUUUAUGGAGCAGUGAAAAACUUCCCAAAAAGUUAAGAAGGCCUGGUUCUGUUUAGCAGAGGUUUUAAUGACUGAUAGAACUUUUCUGCAUGCUUGAAAGUAUCAGUGUGUAUUCUGGAGUGACAUCAGUGGGAAUAGUGACAUGUGAUAAAAGAUUGACAAAGUCAUAUCUGCAGUUGAUCCCUGUACCUGAAAAUUGGUUUUUAGUUUUCUUUUUUUCCACUCAAAAUACAUAUACUUUAACCACUUUUUGUGCUGAUGUUUGUAGGUUAUUUGAAAUAUAAUUGUUUUAUAUUAUCAGAACUUGUUUUCUAGGUUUCAAGUAAAAUAUCUUCUUAAGCAAACAGCUUUAUUAUUAUUAUCAGAACGAUUUCAGAAACCAGCUGGGAUGGUUUUUGUGAGGUAUUACAAUGUUUAACUUGUAACACACAUAUUUUACUUUACAAAUGAUUUUUCACCAAGUCCAUGGAUAAGAAUCCAAAGAAAUGUGUUAAAUGUAGAUAAUUAUUAGCAGAGAAGUUUAGAAAUAGAGUUUAGAAGUGGUGUUGCAGUUUGCUAUUUCAGCUGCUUUAUGCAAAAUAUAUAUGCAUAGAAGAUGAUUAUUUAGCAAAAUAUCGCCCUGUGCUGUUUAUUGCUGUCACGUGAUGCAUGUUGUUAAAUUGUUAAAACAAGCAGUUAUUGUUAAGCAAAUGUUUUUGGAGAAAAAAUAAUUUUAAGAGAAAUAUUUGAAGAUGAUUUCACGUGAUAUUUAUUUACCUUCUCUUUAGCCUUGAGAAAUUAUUUACACAAAAGAUACAUGUGACAUCAGUAAAGUUUUACAGCUGCCGUUGUCCCAAUUUUCUAUUAAUUUAUAAAGCUUAGCUGAAAUUAUUUGAAACUAGAACUAUUUUAUAUUAUAUGUAACAUGAUUUCAGUGUAGCUAUGAAAAUGUCCUUCUGUUAAUUUUAAUUAAAAUGUAUUCCUGUCAGUUGAAUUGUAAUCACAUUUGAGUUAAGAUUUUCACCCUUUUUUCUUUGAUUUAACAGCUUGUCACCAGGGUAACCAUUAUUGCUACAAUUAGAUUUAUUGCUCACUUUAAAACAAUGCCAUAUAGUGUCAGAUUUCAUGCUUGGCAUGUUAGUUAAAUUUUUAGUAUUUUCUGAAUAAAGAAUUAUGGUGAGGUACUACAGGAAGUUAUGAAGACAAAUUGGUUUUGAGAAAAAGUAAACAUACUUUCGCAAUUUGUGAAUAGAACGAAGUAGUGAACUUCUGGAGAUGAUACCAAAUGUGGUGAAUCAAUGUUCAGAACUAUCUGAAACUAAGGGUAAGUUGCUUAAAAAGGCUUGGAUAUAAAAAUGACCCGUUUUUGACAUUUGGCCAUACCAAAGAAGUAUGGAAACAUGGUCUUUUCAUUAGGUCAUAUAGUAAAAAUAAAAGAAAAGAAAACUGAAGGCCCAUUAGAUUAGUUGUAAGGGCAAGCCAAAAAUACCGUUAGCAAGUUUAAAUGUUAAUCAGGUCGUUCAAACGAAUCAAUGUACAUGUACACAUGUAUAACGGACAUGCACGCUACUUUCAGAGGUCUGACAUCAAUUUUUAAAAUACAUUCCACAGUUACACUGUAAUAUUUAUACACAACCUAUCUGCUCACCAAUAAUACAGUGGAAUAAAGAUGAUCUUAAAGAUA